AUGCAUGAAGUGAUUUUGGCUCGUAAACAUUCUCCUCAAUUUCAGCGAAUUUUAGGAACCACACAUACCGAUGGGACUGAACCGGUGGUCUUGGCUGAUAGCCCUUAUGAUGAACCAACAACAUUGGCUGCAUCUAUUGGUCAUCGUCUAAGUAGCAGUGUUGGAGAGGUUCUCCACCAAGCAGGCGCUGGGGAUUUGGAAUCAUGCGAAUCCGACUUUCUGCGGCCUCUGACGUCUUGCGAGGGCGAUUCUUCUCGAUCAUUCACUUAUUUGGAGUGGGUUCACGAGAAUCAAGCACGCGGCGAAUGCGGAGCCGUAGCUGAUAUGAGUUUGAGAACAUGUAGUACGUCUAGUCCGAAGAACAACUGUUCCUGUACCAUGUCAUCGUCAGGUUUACCAUCUUCAUGUGGUGUGAGGCGGAGGUCAUGGCGAGUACGCUCUCUUAAGGGCAACCUGCUGGGACUCAAAACGCAUUCUCUUGAUUCUCCGGAGCCUCCAGUUUUGCCAAGCCAGCGGGUCAGCGGCAAGACAAUGUACUCGCGUUCGUUGGCUCAUAGCAUUGGUGGAGAAACCUGGGUGAUGGAGGUUAUAUCUGAUGAGAUAUGGAAGAAGAAGAGAAGUGUCAAGAAAAAACAUUGA